UGUUGUUGUGGUAUUCCUUAUCUCUUCUAUUUGAUCAUUUAAUACGCGAUAGUGAUAACUGUUUCAAUUACAAUUGUAGAAUUGUUAAUUUUAUUGUUUUUACGACGGCGCUAUGGAAGGUUUAAGAAAAAUCGGGGCGUUCGUCUUACGAACGCAGUUAGCGGUUUCUAGAAAUGGUUUCUCAUCGAAAGCGGGUUUACUGAGCGAUGUAAAUGUGCUAGAUCUGAGUCGUGUGAUUGCUGGACCUGUGUGUUCCAUGUCUCUCGGGGACUUGGGGGCGAAUGUUAUCAAAGUUGAGAGCUUGGAGGGCGACGAGGCCCGCCGCUGGGGUCCUCCAUUUAUAAAGGACAGUAAAGACUCGUUUUACUUUCUCUCUGUGAACAGGAAUAAGAAGAGUAUUUGUAUUGAUUUGAAGUCAAAAGAAGGCAAGAAGGUAGUAUAUGACUUGGCGAGGAAAUGUGAUGUGUUAGUAGAAAACUUUCUGCCCGGCAAGUUAGACCAGCUCGAGGUGGGCUAUGAGAAGCUAAAGACAGUUAACCCGAAGCUGAUAUAUUGUGCUAUCACAGGAUUUGGUGCUACUGGUCCUUAUGCUAAGAAACCUGGGUAUGACGUCAUAGCAUCAGCUAUGGGCGGUUUCCUGAACACGACGGGCGAACGAAACGGCGACCCCGUGAAGGCGGGCGUCGCCAUCACUGACGUCACGACCGGACUGCACGCGUUCGGCGCCAUCAUGACCGCGCUCUACUACAGACAGAAAACCGGCAAGGGACAGAAGAUAGACUGCAACCUCCUCUCCACGCAAAUAUCGAGCAUGAUCAAUAUAGCCACUAUAUACCUCAACUGUGGGAUCGAAGGCCAGCGGUGGGGCACCGCCCACGCCAACCUGGUCCCCUACCAAGCAUUCAAAACGAAAGACGGACAUAUCGUCAUAGGAACAGGGUCCAAUGCGCAAUUCGCAGACUUCUGCAAACUUAUCAACAAAGAAGAAUUAAUUCACGAUGAGAGGUUCAAAGACAACUCGAAUCGAGUUGAGAAUAGAGAUGAGAUCGUCAGGAUUUUGAAUGACGUUAUAAAAACUAAGACGACUAAGGAGUGGUCGGCCGUUUUUAAGAACGCAACUUUUCCUAAUGGGCCUGUUAAUAAGAUGAAGGAUGUGUUUGAGGAUGAGCACGUUAAAGCCAUAGGAUUGGUGAAGGAGUUGCAGCAUCCUGAUGCUGGGACAGUGAAGGUUGUCGGACCCCCCACGGUGUAUGAGCUGGGGGGCAACGAGGCCAGGACAGCCCCCCCGAAGUUAGGACAGCACACUAGAGAUAUACUCUCCAACUUCUUAGGGUACCAUGAGAAGAAGAUCGAGGGACUUUUUGAUAGUAAAGCUGUGCGAUAAUAAUUGGAACAGGGGUUUUGUUACUUUUGUAUUGUAAUUUAUUUUCCGAAUGACCCUCUAGAGCGCGUAGCUGUGAUUACGUUGCGACAGCCGCGCACGCAGACGCGGAAGAAAGUCGUAUGGACCGAGGACACGGUCGACAAUGAGCACAUGAACAAGAAGAAGUCAAAAUGCUGCUGCAUAUACGAGAAGCCGAAGAAGUUCGGCGAGUCGGACUCGGAGGAGAGCGACGACGACGAGUGCGAGCACUGCUUCGGGCACGUCGAGAAGAAGCGCGGCAAGCACCACCACCACGAGCACUCGCCCGACUGCCAGAUGCACGCCGCGACCAACACACAGACACAGGUAGAGCCUGCGCCGGCGGCGGAGCAGACCGCGACGAUGACGCUCCACCAGGCCGAGCCCGCGCCCGCGCCGCCCGACAUCCCCGGCCCCGCCGCCAAGCACGACCAGCCCGCGCAGUAACACUACACCAGCAUAACCUAGUUUACAAGUACCAUGUCUGACGUCAAUUUUACUAUUCAAUAGUAAAAUAGUUCCGAAGACCUAUCACCACGUCUUAACAAUAUUACAGUUUAAAAGAGAGACCCCAGUACAUGCCUUGUAAUGCGCUGUCUUGCUUCUAAGAUGCGCUCCAAUGUAUCAACUACAAAUGAGAUCCAUUGUUAGCAUGUUUUCUAAGUCGUCUGGUAUCCGAAGACUUGAAUUGCCUCGUGUUUGAAAGACUUUAAAAUUAAAUACUAUCUAGUUGUCAUCAGGCAGUAGAUCAAUACUCUUCCUACUUAUUAAUAAGAGUGAUAAUUUUCAUAAUUAUAUUAGUAAACAAAUUCUGAUGUUAUUGGCUGUUAAUUACUGUUUAUGUCCUGCUAAAUUGGCAAUGGGAGCUAUUUCUACGUAAUUGCCUUAUACCUCGGAUACCCAUUACAUGGGUUAAAUGUCAUUGCCGUACAAAAAAAAUUGCAAUCUCUGAAAUUGCAUUUCGAGGCGUUACUAAGUUAUCAAGCCCUUUCUCGAGGAGAUUAGGUAGUAAUUUACUAAGGAACAUAAUGUUCAGUUGAUGGUAAUUAAAUUAGACGUUUUCGUAUUAUUUUUUUAAAGGAUUAGAUGCCAACAACUCCUUCGUGCGGGAGUGGACUUUAAACUAUUUUUCAGACAUCGUACAUGUAAACUUGGUGUAUGGUCACUACACACAAACAUAUGCCUAUACUCUUCUCUCUUUUCAUAUGUAAGAUGUGGUACAUCAGAACAUACCUAGAAUAACAUAAGUAUUGAGAAGUAACUUCGAUAGCCUAUUAUCACCUCUUAAAAUGUACCGUUUUAAGAAACGUUCGUGGGUGAGAGAGGUCGCUAUAUGCCGUAUCUAUCUCGCGCCCACAACUACAGUAAUAUAACUUUAAACGUGAAAUAUUCUCCUCAAAAUUCUAAAAUACAGGAAUCUGUAUAAAACGGGGUUACUCAAAGUGGCGGCCAGUAUUUUAGCAAUUAGCGGGGAUUAUGCGUUCACUGAGGAUAGAGGAAGGAACUAAGGAGUAACUGAUAUUGUAAGUCCUGUGUAAGAACCGCGUGCCUAGAUGGAAUCACUAGGAGUAUAAAGGUAGUUGCUAACUGCCUAAAGUCAACUAAAAUCUGGUAGAGGAUACGAUAGGCGACUGGGUCCUAAAGUGUGCUCAUUUCUUCGACCUUCGACCACGAGAUAAUGUGCAUGAUCGAUGAAAUUAUUUUAUUUUAUUAGGGAAACAAACAGAUAUUAUAUAUAAACAAUUACAAUCAUAAUAAACUACACAUAAUCCAAAACAGUUUCCACACUUAAACAAUACAUUCGCGCCAAGAAUGUUAAACAGGUAUGAAAAAGAGGAGAAAAACAACAUUUCAGUAUCAAAAAUAAAUAAAAAUAAAAUUCUUCCUUGCAUCAAACUAAAAUGUUGAAGUUAAAAAAAUCUCAAAUGCUGAUGGGAACCAAAAAAUUUUGAAUGACUCUUUCAAAUUUAGGAAACGAAAUGUUAAAAACAUCUAAGAAAAAAUACAAUAUUUCAGUAUCAAAAAUAAAAAUAAAAAAUCUUCUAUGUAUCAAACUAAAAAAAUCUCAAAUGUUGAGAGGAACCAAACAAUCGUGAAUGAUUUUUUUAAAUUUAGGAAACGACAGGAUUAAAACAUCUAUGAGGGUAUCACUAUUACCGUUAUUUAUAAGAUCAUUAUACAGCCGGCUUAUUAUGAAACGAUACCUCGUGUAAGGAGGAUCAAAUAAAUAAGUACACGUUAGGGCCCAGUCUGCGUUAUCCUACAGGUCUAUAAAUACACUCAUACGAUCUGAACUCCCAAAAAUACGCGGCUAGGUCAUUGUCACGCAACAACGACACAAGUGGCAGUAUAGUAAUCGCCCAAUCCCUAUUAAGUUAGCGAACACACCAGCAUGCGUGGUGUUUUAAUUAAACUGGUAUAUGGAUUUUCUGGAGAUGGAACAAAUCAUCACUAUCCUUAAUCCAAUGAUAAUUAUUGAAAUAAAAUGCCGUCUCGUAUUGGAUGCGACUGAGAAUAAAAAAAAACGUGUACAAUUGUGUAUUUAGUAUAAUUAAUGUGGCAUAUUAUGUUAUUAUAAUUUGUUAUAUUUUCAUUGUCAUAGUAAGUUAAAACAUUUACAAUGUUCUUUUGUCUUAAGAAUGAUCAUUUCUAUGUUAGCAGAUGGUGCGCCAAUCCUUUAUCGACAUAAUGAGUUUUAUUUAUUUACGUAUUCCAUUUCAUUCAUUUAUACCUAAAUGUAACUGAUUCCUUGUUUUAUUAUGUUAAGUAACUUAGUUGUAGCGAUUAAACAUUUAUUUCCAUUA